AUGUCAGAGGAGGACGUGGCCUUGCACAGAGACCGCAUCUGCAGCUCGGCCUCGGCUCUGCUCGCUUCACGAAUCCAGAACACCGGGUCGUCAAGUUGGCGAUUGGAGGCGAGAGAAGGCGAGAGGAGGCUGGGUCUGCUGCGAUCUCGUUUCCAGAUGAAAGAACCUCACCACGCUUCGGCUCCGCAGCGGCUUCGGCAGAUUACACUGGAUUUAGGGCUGAUCACAACACCCGACAAGUUUGAGGAGGGGGGGAGGGGGUAG